AUGACUGCAUCUAAUUCGAUUCGGUCACGUUUUAUGAGACUGAUUUUCGAUGCCGAGAUAUGUGAAGCUCUUGAACUACUCUUAGCAACCCUUGGCGACGAAAACGGUUUCCACGAAGUUGUCGACUGCAUCACUGCAUGGCAGGAUCUUAUCGACAGUGAGGAUUCGGCGUUACGACCUCUUGUUGAGUGUCUCGACGAUGACGACACUGUCGUGUUGCAAAAAGCUAUCGCCCUUGUGAAUGCACUGAUUCGUCAUGCUCCUGAUGAAGCACGUGCUUUUAGAAUCAAAAACGAACUCUCAGUGCUCGACUACAAAGGACAUUUGGAGCAUUUGAGGGUUGGUGCUGAUCCGAAGGUACUCAACGAAAUUGAACAGUUCAAUUGUUUAUUCCAAACAGAUAAUCUUGAAGAAUCGUCAAUUUCGAUGACACCGACAAGUGAGGUCGAUGAAGCGGUGAUGUCGGACGAUCCACUGUCGCACCUUUUAGCAGACCUGGAGGCCUUAUUGCUAGACGAAUCGUCAAGCAGAGGACGGAUCCUUGUUGUAGAAAAAAUGAUUGAAAUGUUACGAGGAAUCAGAACACUGGACGAUGCUGAAGCAGCUGUUCGAGCCCUGCGACCAGAACCACAACGAAAAGCUCUUUCUCCUCCUUCGACCUCGAGAGCAUCCAGCCAAAUACCGUGUCCGUCAUCCAAAACUGUUCCAACACCGGCUGCUGCCCCUCCACCUGGCCCAUCGUUCAAAUUCACAGAUUCAUCCAAAUCGCUAUUAGGGAAACCUUUAGCAGGUCCACCUCCAGCACCACCACCACCUCCAUCACAGGUCGUAAGAGGUCCAGGACUUCCUUCCGGACUGCCACAUCCUGGAAAAGGCCCUCCUGUGCUUCCUCCACCACCUUCUCUUGGUGGUCUAGUGGCUCCGAAACAGGUUCCCGAUGAGUUGCCAGAGUCGAUGAAACCGAAGCGAGCGCCCAGUGAGACUAUGAAAAUGAAGACCAUAAUGUGGUCAAAAAUCACUCCGUCAGCUGUCGUUCAUGGCCAGGGAUCGGAGAGUAUAUGGGGAGAGUUGGCUAGGGAGAGCACAAAACUCUGCUUGGACUUUGAUAUGAUUGACGGGAUGUUUGCCAUCGAGCCAGCUCAAAACUCCUCGGCAGUUGUUGAGUCAACGCACGGACAGGGUGCCAAAAAGAAAAACGUUCUUGUCGAUCUAUUGACUCCAAAACGCAGUCAAAAUGUGACAAUCACGUUGAAGCAGUUCAAAGACUUGGAUAUACUGAUCUCAGACCUACAUGAAAAUAAGCUAGGUCGUUUUGAUGUGGAAGUCUUACGGACGUUGAAAUCGAUCUUGCCGGAUUCCGAGGAGGUGGAAGCACUGAGGCGUUACACGGGCGAAUGUUCCCAGCUUGCUCCUGCAUGUGCAUUCUUCCUUCGGCUAUUGGAAAUUCCUGAUUAUCGUCUCAGAAUCGAUUGCAUGAUACUUCGAUUGGAAUUUCAUCGAAUUAUGGAAGAAGUAGUGCCUGGGAUCCAUCUUCUUCAAACUGCCGCCACAGAACUCCGGCAAUCACAUGCCCUUCGUCGCCUUUUGUUGUUAUUGGUAAACAUCGGAAACUAUCUAAACAGCUCAUCAACACAUGGAAAUGCCGCCGGAUUCAAGCUGAGUUCUUUAUGGCAGGUCAUUGACCACAGAGCCACAAAAGGAUCAUCGUCCCUUUUGCAUCUUCUCGCUAAGAUGGAUCCCGACUUGCUAUCUGAUCUUGAACAAGAACUUCCUAACAUUAACAAAGCCUCAGAAAGCUCUCUCGAAGAGAUCAAAACAAAUCUACGAUCCGUGGGCGAACAAUGUACCAGUCUCAGUAACCAGUUGAAGACGAGGCAAAACAACGAGUUCGCCGAAAUUCGCGAGUACCUCACGGAACACUGUCACAUAGAGCUGUUGGAGACUAACAAGGCACUGACGGGACUUCUGAAAAUCCAAGAUGACCUGGCUUUGUUUUUCUGUGAAAAUAAGGGCUCGUUUAAAAUCGAGGAAUGUCUAAGAAUGUUCAAAAUUCUUAUCAUGCGACUUCGUCAGGCACUGCAGGAGAAUGAGGAGAGGGAAAAGCGUGUCUCUCGAAAACAACGAGCACGGACAAUGGAUGAAGACAUUCCUCGAAGGAAUGAGGAAAACUCCGAAGAACGACCGAACGAAGAGAAGUUCCUGGCCACUCUUGAAAAAGGUCAAAAGCUCUAUAAUCGCAAGCGGUUAUCCGCUCGUUUGACGGACAUGGCACGAGAGCGUGAGCUGCAGAAGAGUACGAGGAUACGUCGCCCAAAGGAAAUUGGUUCAAAUGAAUCAGUACCAUCAGAGAUAGGGAGUGAAGAUUUCAACUCUCCUUUCAAACAGACCCAUAUUGCGAAACCAUCCGUUUCACCGCCCCCGCCUCGUACGUCACCUUACCAUGCCGAGGUUUCCGACCUUAACGAUUAUGUGGAAAUCCUGGAGAAACAGCAAUCUUCUCCACGAAUCGUUCGCCGCUCUGGAGCAAUUCCGAAGGCUUCCACGUCACCUGCAAGUCGUCAAGCCAUCAUCUUAAAUAUCCCACCGGAAUCUGAUACAUCGACUCCAUCGGCCAGGUCGUCUCCAAAAAGCACAGAUGAAGGCUUCGAGUCCGAAAAGGACAAGGAGAAUUCUAAUAUACGUUCACCUUCAUCAGCGACUAUCACUCCACCCAGCAUUAAGAGGAUUCCGGAAAAAGUAGCAGAAAGAAAACAAGUCUUCCAUCGAACCCCUCCAGAAACGCCUCGAAAGACGUCUUCAAUGGUACCGUUAUCGGUCGCAGCUCCUCAAAAAGCAGCCACGACAACCAACAGUAUAGUGAAGGCUUCACCUUUGAAACGAAUACGCGUUGGUCAGGAGGCUCCCUCUGCCACACGGCUACCCACUUCUAUUCCAAGUCAAACUUCUCGAGCUAAGCCUGCUCCUCAGGCUUCGACAACACCAUCAUCUCGGUCGCCGCCUACUGGAAAAGUCGUCAGCAAACUUACUCAACCUCCCAAAGUCUCUCAAACGAGCAGAGUGGGAUCUGUGGCAGGAACCAAGCCGUCUACCUUACCUGUUCGUUCCACUGCUGGAAUCCCGAAACCAGCAGUAAAGAAAGUGGGAGCAGUGCCGGCAGGAACGGUAGCGAGUAUAAUCGCUCGAACAGCACUGGCCACAACGUCGUCACCGACGCCGGCUCGUCGCAUGAGUACACCACCUACGACGUCAAAAGAGGCGGCUACACCCACGCUCCGGCGACCGAGUCAGGUGGCCGUAAAACGAGCAGACAGUUCCAAGCGAGACGUACCGAUGAAACCGCAAGUGUCAACCAGUUCACGUCCAAGUCUCAUCAAAACCGGUAGCAUAUCACAAUCUUCGAAUCUGCCUAAAAUGGACGUGGUCGAAAAGCCAAGGCCUUUAAGGAAAACCACCCAUCAUUCAUCAUCGCCGUCGUCGGACUCGACGAACGGAAAAGGAACGGCGAGGCCGAAAUGGGUCUAA